UUUGAUUUUCGAUGGAGAUGGGGGCGGUUUUGCGAUCACACUAAAGAAUUAUUUACACUAAAUAACGGAGAGUAUUUUAUUCUCGAAAUUUAGUUACGGAUUAUAAAUAGGCAAUAUGUAUAAUUAAGAAUCGUCGUUACAUGUUUUGAUGAUUUAGUUGGAUUGACGAGGUGAUUAUACUUGCUUGUUACGAACAGAAGCAACUCCGAAAACAAUUAUGAGAACAAUGGGUGUAAAGGGCUUGACUUUAUAUCAUUUGAAGUCUCAUCUUCAGAAGUAUCGGUUGGGGAAGCAAGCAAAUAAGGAGUUAACCGAAAACUCGAAAGACGCAUCUUGUAUUGCCGAGAGUCAGGAUACAGGUUCAUCCACAUCAGCUUCAUCGAAAACUAUGGCACAAGAUAUAAACGAUGGUUACCAAGUAACCGAGGCUUUGCGGGCGCAGAUGGAAGUUCAGCGAAGACUGCACGAACAACUCGAGGUUCAACGGCAUCUAGAGAUCCGAAUAGAGGCACAAGGCAAGUACCUACAAUCGAUACUCGAGAAAGCUUGCAAAGCUCUCGAUGAACAAACGGUGGUCCCCGACGGUGGACUAGAGGCCGCUAGAGAAGAGCUCUCCGAGCUGGCAAUUAAGGUUGCUAAUGACUGUAAUAAUAAUAACGGGCUUUUAUCGUAUAAUAAUAUGAACAACAAAAAUGUUCCGAUUAUGCCCUCUCGGCUCGGUGACUGCUCCACGGAUAGUGUCUUGAUCUCAAACGGGGCCCCGUUUUCUCAAUCGGGUUUCGAUCCGGCUUUCAAGAAACGGGCACGCCCUUUGUUCAGUAACGGAGACUCGGUAAUGCCACUUGAUUACAACAGCAAUAUGAGGGCAGUGGAGUGGAUGAUGUCCAAUAUUGUAUGAAAUAAAUAGAUAAUUUAUAUAUUUAUAAUUAUUUCAAGAAUUGAACUAUUUUCUUUUCUUUAUUUAUUAAUUUUUUUUUACACUUUUUUUUUCUCUCUCUUUGUUUGACCUGUCAAUUGUUUGUAUAUUUGUCAAGAGCGUUACAGGAAUUAUUCAAAUUAUCGUGCUUAAUUCAGCAAUUACCACCUAUU